AUGGUGCACGGUUUGGCACUAGCACAACAGCAGCGCAGGCUGUGCCUGUGCAGUGGGGAUUUUCCUAGUUACCCAAGAAAGCACAGAGAUGAGGAGAUGGUAUCUUGGGCUGACUGUGAAAGGGGCAUCAAAAGCAAGACGUUUGCGGUUACCAAAACGCAAUGUAGGUCUGAAAUCCCCGCCGCUGCAGAACUGACCUGUGGCCACGAGAGGGCAGAAAGAACAUCCCUUGUAAAGCUUGAUUUUGAGGCGAAUCGUGGACAGAACCUGGGCUGUGAACUGCCAGGCCUUCCCACCGAGCAAUACUGUGAUGUCACUCAGCAGAAUAAAAGCGACGUGCGUAUGAACGGUGAACUACUUCGUAAACCACCAGGCAGUUUAACUAAGGAAGUACAUUUCACUUAUAUCUUACUGCCCCUUAACGAAAUAAAAAGACUCAAACCAACCCAAUUUCCUACUUCUCAUCGCUAUCAGACACACAGCUCUAGAUACACCAUAUUCCCAAACUCCAGAUCACCUGAGGAUUGUGACACUUCGAUCGAUGCAAGCAGUCAUCAGCUUUUGCAUCCCAAUAUCCCUACCAAGGCCAACGACAACAAUAUGGUACAAAACACUGAAAGGGCUCUGGGGAUCACAGCAUACAGUCAGGACUUCACAGGAAGAGCUCCUAUGAAUCCCCUUAUCCUAGAUAACUAUCACGUGAAAGCAGUUGGCAAAUUAACUGGAGAACUAGGGGAAGAUGUGGAACUAAAAGAAAUAUUUCUGCCUAGUCUCCCAGAGGUAGGACCUCUUGAAGGGUGCACUGUGUAUUUACUUCAAGGUCAAUGUCCCAAUGAGUCAAUUCUGCAAGAACAGUGUUCAGAUGCCUCUGUCUUCAUUCAGGGUUUCUACUGUCAUAGCCGGCUACUCAGGCACGAUGCUGAGUAAAACAAAACCAGUGGCCAGCCUAGAUAAGGAGUGUAAAGUGAC